AUGGGUAACGAACAAGUCUCAUCGAUGAUCUCUGGCGACUUUGAUCCUGCUGCUGGUGAACGCGCGACAGACCAACAGGACCAGAAGCAGGAGUUGGCGGCGGAAGAGAUGGAUGUUGUCAAGAAAGAAGAAGAAAAGGGAGACGUCUCCGAUAACUCCAACACUGCUGCCGCUGCCGUCGUCGUCGCUGCGCUUCACAGCGCUGCUGUCGCUUCUGUCGCAAACGCUCCACCUCGCGACGCCGAGACUGACCCCGACACAAAAACCAGACUCGCGAUCAGCCAAAUUCCCAUCAACCAACACAAACCCAGCCUCGCUGCCAACACCUACCUCGAGUUUCCCUUCAGCCUCGACGCGCACAAAGUCUUCUUGAAAGAGUUCCAGGACAACUGGGGCUACGGGUUGAGACACGACUACUACUCCGACACUCGCAAAAUCGCCAUCAGAAUGGGUACCGUCUUCCACAGCAUCUUUGCCUACAACGUCGGCGACCAGGUCGCGAACGACCUGCGCAUCCGCAAGUACCAUCCCGAGAAGCUCAUCGCCGACUUUGCCGCCCAGAUCAAGCAGCGCACCGACUCUCCCGUUGACUUUGCCGAGGACGGUAGCUGGCACUCUCCCGACGUGGCCUUUGCUCACAUUGGCGCGUACUACCCUGGUGUGGUCUUCGAGAUCAGCUUCAGUGAGAAGAAGUUGCCGUUGCAGGAGCUCGCGCAGCAGUACUUCCGUGGGUCAGACGGCGAGGUUCAGGUCGUCGUUGGGUUUGACAUCGAGUUCCCUGACGCGAAGAAGGGGAAGUUCAUGGUUUGGAAGAAGAAGGAGACUAAGCAUGGCAAGAUCAAAGCGCACUUGGUUCUUGAGGAAGAGUUCCAACACUCAGACGGCAAGUUGAACAAGGACUGCAAGGGCAUCUACCUCAACCUCGCCGACUUCUGCCCGGCCCGUAUGAUCCCUGACGAUGUGAAGCCAAUCAUCGCGCAGCGCACCUACCUCGGCCACGACACCGGCAUCCACAUCCCGGCGUUCGAGCUCUGCAACUUCCUCACCAUGGCCCACACCAACCACCAGCUCGCCAUGGCUCACGCUCGCGCGCAACAGCAAAAACAGCAGGCGUAA